AAAUAUUUAAAUUCCAUACUAUUUUAACUACUUAUAUAAAUCUCUUAUCACUAUUCCUUCAAAUUACAUCAAAUUUAGCACAAAAAAUUUAUUUCGAACUACACAACAUCUCAAACUUACUCAAUGGAGAUAAUUAUGUUGAAUAUGAAAAGUGUACGAAAAAAGCAUAUGAAAAAGGAGAUAACUACAUUUGUAGCACAUGUAAUCAAACACCGCACAAUAUCCAACAAUAAGGUAACUCUAUAUACUUUUCAUAAUCCCAUCUAUCAUAUUAUUAGUUACUAACCCAAUACUUAUUUUAGGUUCAAAAUUCAAUUAAAGGUUUCAGAUCAAAGUAGUACAACAACUUUUGUACUAUUUGAUGCGAAGCAAAAAAAUUGUUGGGUACAACUGCUUCAAAUCUAUGGCACUCCAAAAAAGUAAUGACAUGGAAAAAUUUGUGCAACCUCACUUAUAUUUGAAGUUAAUGUAAAUGAUUUUAAUCUUAAAGAAAGUUCUCAACAAUACACUGUUACCAAGAUAUUUGUUCCAACCAAAAACACUAAAUUUCAACACCCAUUUGUUACCAAGACAUUUGUUCCAACCAAAAACACUAAAUUUCAACACCCAUUACAACAAAUAAAACAGGUAAUACAAAAAAAAAUCACUUAUUUUAGACAUUAUUUUUAUUUUUAAUUUAAAUUAUUCAUUGAUUAUAGGAACCAAUUUCGCCAACACUAAUAUCGUCGGACGAAGAUCACAUACCCAUCAAGAGAUUAAGGAGAAAGAAAAUUAUACAAAUUCAAGACACAUCUUCAGAAAAAGAACAUACUUGCAAAGAUGGAACAAACAACACAAUAAAAAAUGCAUAUAAUUCAAUAAUUCAUAAAGAACAUGUCUUCACAAGAACUUACACAGAAAGAAGAAAGUAACAACUCUAACAACAACCAAUAAAAAAAAAGGAGGACGAGCGCUACAUAAGAAGACUAAGUUCAUCAACUAAAAUAAAUGCAAAAAUCAAACCACCAAAUAAAAAUAUCACUUUGUACAUACAACUCUAAUAUUCAAAUCUUUUAUACUACAAAUUAUUUUAACUAAAAUAUCUUUUAAAUUUAACUUUUGUUUACACAUUUAAUUUAAUUCUACAAAACAUAACAAUUUUUAAUAUUUAUUAUAUACUAUCAUUAAUUUACCGUCUCGCGGGAGUCUCGUUCUAGUAUAAGUUAAAUCAAAAUUUUUUUUUGUUGGCAAAUAGAAUUUGUAUUAGUUGAAGUUUGGAGUUGUUUCAUUCAUUAUUAUAUGUUUUGGUGGUGGAUGUGUAUGAUUGAGCAUCGAGGUAGUGAAAGUUAAAACAAUUGUUUGUUCUUUGUUGAUCAUUUUAUAGGCGUGUGUGUUGUGGAUUAUUAUUGAAGCCAUAGAUGGCAUACCUGAAAUCAAGAUCCAAAAAUGACAUUAUUAGUUUGUGCAUGCUUCUGCUUUGCUUGGGUUGUGUUGAGUCCAACGAUGGUGAAGGUGCAUACAUGUUGAAGCUUAUGAAUGCACUCAAACCCCCUGGCUGGUCCAACAAGAAGCCAGUUUGCCAGUGGACUGGGGUGUAUUGCGACUAUCAAAGUGGAAGGAUUGAAGAGAUCGAUCUCAGUUCAAAGUCGCUGACGGGAACAGUUCCUGCAGGCCUCAACGACUCCCUCUCCCAACUCACAGAACUCGAUCUCUCCCAGAAUAAUCUGAGUGGUCCUGUUCCCUCUCUCGCCAACCUCUCCUUCCUCCAAUACGUAUACCUCGGCUACAACAACUUCACCUCCAUUCCUCAUGGUUGCUUCCAUGGUCUUACUAGUUUGCAGAUCUUGAGAUUGAGAAACAAUAUCAACCUCCCACCAUGGAACUUUCCUACCGAUUUGACUGCUCACUCCUCCCAACUCCGUUCCCUCUACCUCUCUUCUACGAAUCUCAUGGCCUCCUUACCAAACAUAUCCCAUUCCUUCCCAACUCUGCGAUAUCUUGAUCUCUCUAACAACAACCUCUCCUCCAUCCCUGAGGGUUGCUUCCACAAUCUAACCAGUUUCCGUGGCCUCUCUUUGGCCAACAAUACCAACCUCCUACCAUGGACCUUCCCCCUCUACUUGACUCGUUCCUCAUUGCAACUCUCCUACCUCUUACUCGAGGCUACGAAUCUUAUGGGAUCCCUACCGAACUUGUCUCAUUUCUUCCCCAACUUGAUUACUGUUUCUCUAUCCAACAACCACCUUACCUCCAUCCCCCAAGGUUGCUUUCAGGGUCUACCCUAUUUGAGGCAGCUGAAGUUGGGAAACAACACCAACCUCGCACCAUGGACCUUCCCAAACUUGACUCAGUCCACAGGACUGGAAGAGCUCAAUCUUGUUGCUACAAAUGUCAUGGGCCCUCUACCAGAAAUAUUUGACUCCUUGACAAGUUUGGAGACUGUUGUUCUCUCCAACAACAGCCUCACUGGUGUCUUGCCGGAGUCUUUUGGAAGGUCCAAGAUUGCCACCUUGCAUCUCAACAACCAGAAGGAUGAGGGGUUGUCAGGUCCAAUUGAUGUCCUCUCAAACAUGCUCGACUUAUCUCAAGUGUGGCUUCAGGGGAACUCGUUUACAGGACCUAUUCCUGACAUGUCUCGUUGCACUGCUUUACAAGAUUUACAACUUGCCCACAAUCAAUUAACAGGUGUGGUCCCAGAUUCUCUCAUCGUUCUUCCAAAGUUAGAAGAUUUUUAUUUGGACUAUAACUUUUUGCAAGGUCCUCUACCAAAUAUUAUUACCUUCAGUCUUUUUGAAACGUCGAAUCUAGGUGUUAACACCACAAAUGGUUUCUGUCACAAAGAUCCAGGACCUUGUGAUCACAAAGUGACCAUUUUGCUUGAAAUUGCUGCGAAAUUCAAGUAUCCAAUUCUGUUGGCACGUUCAUGGAGAGGAAAUAAUGCCUGUAAAAACUGGAGUUUCAUUACAUGUGAUGACAAAAAUAAGAUUAGAAUGGUCAAUUUAUCAAAUCUAAAAUUGACGGGCACAAUCUCACCUGUAUUUGCCAAUUUAACUAAUUUGCGGGAAUUGUAUUUGGAUGGGAAUAAUUUGACGGGUGAAAUACCUGAAGGAUUGACAACAUUGCAUGAACUUGAGGUUGUGAAUGUCUCUAACAAUCACCUUGCUGGAAAUAUUCCCAAAUUCUCACCAAAGGUCAACUUUAUUGCCACAGGCAAUGAUUUUCUUGUGCUUCCUUCUAAUGGUUCCGACCAUACACCAAGGCCAAUCCCAACUGCUUUGAUUACAGUUAUAUCGAUAGCUAGUGCUGGAGUUAUUAUGAUCCUUGUUCUGGUUAUUUACAACCGCAAGAGGUGUCUUAAUUUAAUCUAUGGGAUUAUCUUCAAGACAACAUACAAUGAUCACCACAUUGAGGAUUUUAUAAAAGGUUAUGAAUUUUUGGCACCAAAGCGAUUUAGUUAUUCCGAAGUGAAAAGAAUGACAAAUUUAUUUCGUGAUAAACUAGGACAAGGUGGAUAUGGCACCGUAUACAAAGCACGUUUAACUAAUGGUCGUCAAGUUGCAGUGAAGAUAUUAACUGAGUCUAAGGGAAAUGGAGAAGAAUUCAUAAAUGAAGUUGCUAGUAUUAGUAGGACAUCUCAUGUGAAUAUUGUCUCACUCUUAGGAUUUUGUUAUGAUCAAGGCAAAAGAGCACUUAUUUAUGAAUUCAUGUCUAAUGGUUCUCUAGAUAGAUACAUCUACAAAGCAGAAUCUUCUAAGGCUUUUUGUAGUUUGGAUUGGAGUAUUUUGCAUAACAUUGCAAUUGGUAUUGCUCAAGGGUUAGAAUACUUGCAUCAAGGAUGCACAACAAAAAUUUUGCAUCUUGAUAUAAAACCUGAAAAUAUUCUUCUAGAUGAACAUUUCUGUCCAAAAAUCUCAGAUUUUGGACUAGCUCGAAUCUGUCAAAAGAAAGAGAGUAAUGUAUCUAUUUUAGGCACAAGAGGAACUCCAGGUUACAUUGCACCAGAAAUCUUUAGUCGAGCAUAUGGUAGAAUUUCUGAUAAAUCUGAUGUAUAUAGUUAUGGUAUGUUGAUUCUUGAGAUGUUCGGAAAAAGAAACAACUUCAACAAUAAAGAAUCACAUCGCAGUGAAAUGUAUUUUCCUGACUGGAUAUAUGAGGAUCUUGACCAAGGUAAUAUUUUUGGUAGACAUUCCGAUAUCUCAGAUGAAGAUAAUGAUAUGAUAAAGAAGAUUAUAUUAGUAAGUUUGUGGUGUAUUCAACCAAAUCCAUCACAUAGGCCAUCAAUGAAUAAAGUUGUAGAAAUGUUACAUGGAGAACUUGAGUCUGUGCCAUUUCCUCCAAAGCCUGUGAUGUAUUCUCCUGAAAGGUCUCUGUUAAAAACUUUAGAUAUAUCUUCCGGUAGUAAACUUGAGACAAUUUCAAUAACUACAGAGGAGAGUAGUUUCACACGAGAUCAAUAAGAAUGUCUCAUGUUAAUAUGAUUGUAAAAUAUCUUAUAC